UUGUUCCCAAAGAAUAUGAAUUGCUGUGAUCCACAGAAGACCAUGAUCUGGAUGCUUACUGUUUUAAUUCUGCUUAUAUCUGGAAAAUUUCUCGAAACAGUUGAAUCUUCCUGUACCUUGAACAAUCAGCAAUAUACCGAAGGGGAGAAGUGGAAUCCUAAAUUACAAAUCGGAUCAAAUUGUGUUGAGUGUACUUGUAUUAAGGAAGAGGUAAAGUGUGUAACAACAGUACAGUGUCCCCCCGUGGAAUGUGAUAAUCCUAAAACUGAUCCACGAAUGUGUUGCCCAGUUUGUGAAGAUUUUGACAACAUUCCUCCUACAGUCGACAUCGACAUCAAGAACAAAGGUGGCAAGAACGGCAAAGAAUGUUCAUAUCACGGCAAAAAGUAUUCACAUGGUGACAUCUUUCCAUCAAAUGCAUCAGGAAUAAUACCAACAUCAAAGAAACAAUGUGUUAACUGUGCUUGUACUAAUGGAAAUGUUUUGUGUCAUCUGAAGACUUGCAAUAUACCUAGAGGAUGUUCAAGAUUAAUUCCAGAAAAGUACGACUGUUGUCCAAAAUGUGCUGAUACACCACCAGACUACACUACUACAAAUAAAAGGGACCCAUUUGAUUGUGUGGCACAUGAUGGACUACACAGAAAUAGCACAGAAUGGAAACCUAUAGUAAAUGGUGCGCGUAUGCCUUGCGUAUCAUGCAAAUGUUUAAACGGGGAAGUAAUUUGUGAAAGAAAAGAGUGUCCUAAAUUAAAAUGCAAAAGAAAAAGAAAACCUAAAGGAGAAUGUUGUCCAGUAUGCAGACAAAAAAGAAGGAAGGGUGGGAAAAAAAGAAAGAGGAAAGAAAAAGACGAUGGAAAAUGUAAAAGUUCCAAUAAUAGAAAGAAGCAACGACGAAGAGGCAGAAAGGCUAAAAAAGAAAGAAAACGAAAAGUGAAUGCUAAAGGUUAUUGUUUAACAAAUGACACAAAAGACAGUUCAGCAAUAAUAAAUCCUGAAUGGCCAGUUUUAUUUCCUAAAACUAACAAAUCACAAAGCUGCAUUUUCAAAGGCAAAUUUUGCCUUCCUAGAAAAACUAAAUAUUUAGUGUAUAGAUAUUUUGAAGAAAACUCAAAGACAUUUUUCGCCUUUGAUGACUUAAUGUCUAACACAGUGGAAGUUUGGUUUUGGAAGGUUAACCACAUUGCAGAUGCAAAAAGUGAGUUUAAAGACUCUUUAAGUGAUUUCAAAGUAUACAAUUAUCCAGCAAAUUGGUUCAGACAACAAAUAACUGAUGAUAAAAUAAUUUAUGGGGCAGCAAGGAAAAAAAAAUUAAAUAUAUUCAAAAGAAGACUCAAGCGAACAUACCAAAGGUGUUUUAAAAAGAAAGAAAAACGCUGCUCUACAAAAAUAAUAAUGCAAGAAAUAUUAUGUGCGGACUUUGAAGAAAUUGUGCGAAAAAAAUGUAGUUGAAAAUUGCUAAUGGUUCAGAGCAAUAUUUUCGUUACAUUUGUCAUGAUGUUGUCUUUGUAUUUGACUGACUAUUUCUGUCAAUUAGUUCCACAUGAUCUUUCCGACAGCUCGGAAUAAUUUUUGUUGAUGUUUUGUAAACGUAUGCACACUUGAACAUAUCUUAAAUGUAAAUAUUGGCCUUUCUGCUUUAGUAACUUAUCAGUGCUGUGUAUAAUUUUUUGAACUAGGGCUUAAUUCAAUAUAAACUUCGAACACACAUACAUACUGUCUUUCAGAUUCAUCAUAUUUUGCAUUCUUUCUUUCAUUAUAUCUUUGUGGUGAUUAAUUUGCUUGUAAGUUGACAAACAUGUUACUAAGUUUAUUUUUAUACUUGUUAUUGCUAUUUGUUUUAUGCAUAUAGAUCAUUUUUCUAAACUCUAAUGUUGGAAAUUAAAUUAUAUAAAGUACAA